ACCCAUCCUCAACCAAACUCUAAGUUACAGGGAUUUAGUUUGGAUUAUAUUUGUUUACCCCACCACAUCUAAGUGUGUCAGUGAAAAUGCGCGAUUUUCUCCUAUUUGGUUUGGUUUGGGGGAUUUCCGUUGUUUCUGGAACAAUCGAAUUUCAAGAUGGCGGCGAACAUUUUGAACCAACGGUCGCUAUGUAUUGCCCGGAGAAAGGUGAGGAUAGUGGUGACCUGUUCUACAACAAGUACCUGGCUGAGUCGGGGGUCUGGAUGACGGAUACCGACUCCAAGGCGACCUGUGUCAAGGACAAGGUCCAAAUCCUGGAGUAUUGUAAGAAGGUGUAUCCGGAACGAGAUAUUACAAAUAUAGUUGAGGGAGCCCACUACAUGAAGCUGGGUAGCUGGUGCAGGGUGGGAGGAGAACGAUGUGUUGGAAACUCACAUUGGGUUCGGCCGUAUAGAUGUCUAGAGGGACCUUUCCAGUCAGAUGCACUGCUAGUCCCGGAACAAUGUCAAUUUGAUCAUAUUCACAAUCAGAGCCGGUGCUGGUCAUUCUCCGACUGGAACAGCACCGCUGUGAUUGCCUGUAACAGUCGACAGAUGAUUAUCAGGAGCUUCGCCAUCCUUCUCCCCUGCGGGAUAGAUCUCUUCUCCGGGGUAGAGUUCGUGUGCUGUCCUACAUCCGUCAAACAGCUGAUUGAAGCAGGGUUCGGAGAGGGGGAUAUUCAUGAUAAUGAUCAGGAUAACGACUACUAUGCGGAUGAGGAAGAUACCUACUACAACGAUUCAGACUACAAGGAGGAAACAACAACCUCCACAACAACAACAACAACAACAUCUGACCCUGCAACAACCGAACCAACAGCCACAACAACCGUGGAGAAGCAAGCUCAGGACCCUUAUCUAACUCACUAUAUGCCACAAAGUGAGCACACUGACUUUAUUCAGGCUGAGAUUAGAUUUGAUCAACAUCACAGGGAGAGAGUUGAAAAACUGAUGAAGGACUGGGGAGCAAUUCAGGACCAAUACAAACAGGACAAGGACAAGGUAGAAAUACAGGACCAAUACAAGCAGGAUACGGACAAGGAUCCUGAGACGGUAAAGCAAGAGUUAACCCAGCAGUACCAGGAGAACCUAAAGGAGCUUGAGGAACAGCAUCAAGCAGAGAGAAGGCAGCUUGUUGCUAUGCAUCAGCAGCGUGUCAUUGCCAGGUUUGGUGAGAGGAAGGAUAAGGCCCUGAUCUGCUACAAGGAAGCAUUGGACCAGACACCAUUCAAUGUACACAGGAUAAAGAAAUGUUUGCAGAAGGUUCUGAAAUCUCUACACAAAGAGAGGAAUCAUGCAAUCCUACAAUUCAGGAGGUUGGUAGAUGAGGGUGGUGUGGAGAUUGCAAAGAAGGAGAUUGCAACAACUAUUCAACAACUAAAAGAUAUAGAUACCAGUAUUGAGGACAACCUGAAUAUGCUCUCUAAAAGCGAUGACUUGAAGGAAAAGAUAUUGCCUGUAAUGACUGAGUAUCUGAGUGCUCUCCGAGCUAAGGAUUCUACUCCUUACUCCAACCUCAUCAUGAAUACAGACGCGGAGAAACAAAUUCUGCUCAACAUCCUACAGGAGAAGGACAACAAAGGGAUAGAGGAGAAGGUUGCAGAGAAGGAGGAGGAGGAUGAGGAGAAGGAGGAGUUUGAGGAGAAGGAGGAGAAGGAGGAAGAUGAAGAGACUACUCUGACUAAUAUUGAAAAGGAAACAACCGUCCAUCCUCUGAUGGAGAGUGUCGGAGAAAUUCAGGUUGAGGUGCAUGCAACAGCAAUUCACGAACAGCCGCAACCACAGAUACGGAUUGAGGAGUCCCUGAAAACAGGGUUGGGAGGCUUUGAGUCAUUCCCCGGCUCCUUCUUGAGCGAGCCAUCCAUCGAAGAAAGGCCUGCCAUGAGCCACAACCAAGCUCACUUCAUCUCACACUCAGCCUCAUAUACCAUGAAACAUACCAGGAAGACCGACCACAACUCUCUUUAUGUUGUGAGUAUGCUCGGAGUCGGAAUCAUGGUUGUUGUCGUCUUCGGUAUCAUUCUGCGCAGGCGCGGCUCAGAGAACAGUUCGCAUGAUGGUUUCAUUCAGGUUGAUACUGAGGGUAGUCCUGAGGAGUAUGCAGUAUCUAGUAUGCAGAUGACUGGAUAUGAAAACCCAACCUACAAAUACUUUGAAACCUCCACAUAAAGGAAAAUGGCGGAUACAAAAUGGCUGCCUUGAGUACCAACUACAGACGGCAUCCAUAUUGGAUUGAGGUUCGAGGAAUCUAAACUAAGCUAUUUAUUAGAAUGACAAGUUAUUGUUAAACUAUUUGCACCAUCAUAGAAAUUCGCACUAAUUAUUCAACACUUUAAAUCUAAAAAAAGAAAUUAAACAUAAUUAAACAAAAUAUUCAACCAAAUAAAUCUAGAAUAAAAAAACAGAUUGAGAAAUAAGCUAAUAGGUGUCGUAAUUGGUGUCUAUUCUUACUGUUCAUAUUAAAUUUGACAAUACUCAAAAAAUCCCCAAGCAUAUCUGAAAAAGUAUCAUUUUAUCAAUUGAAAAUAUCAGAUUGUGAUAAACCAAAAUAAAAUAGUUUAUAUUUGUCCAAAUAUGAAGUGUUAAACAUGUUGCUACGUCAGAAAUAAGUCUGCAACCAGAUUUCAAAAGUUUUGUAUCAAUUGAAAAUUUCAAAAAUUCACUUUCACUUGCACAUCAGGAAUUUUAGAAAAUUUAUUAAAUGUAUUUAAAGAUAAAUAAAUGGAUGUUGUAUAUCGUGGAUUUACUCGAAGAAAAAAA